UGGGACGUCCCCUUUUCGUACAGUCGGCCAAUCCCGAUCAAGAAUAGCCAGGUUGGAGAGACGUCAUUGGAGAGUAUCGAGAAAGAAGCCUGUGGUUCUCAAACCGGGUGGCAGAGUCUACCCGGAGGAAGGGACAACGAAGGUAACAAAAAAAUGGCGACAUAUGUGGACCCGGACCAGACCCCAGAUGCCACUGCAGAGAAAUGCAGCCGUUUUGAGGUGUUGGACUGGCUCAAUAAGAUCCUGGACAUCAAAUUCACCAGGAUAGAGCAGAUAUGUUCAGGUUCCUGCUACUGCCAGCUGAUGGACUGGCUCUUCCCUGGGUGCAUUGACAUGAGCACAGUGAAGUUCCAGGCCCAGGACACACCAGACUUCAUCCACAACUACAAUCUGCUUCAAGCUGGCUUCCGAAAGACUGGUGUCACCAAGUUUGUUCCAGUGGAGGAGCUGAUGAACGGAAGGUUCCAGCCCAACUUCGUAUUCCUGAAGUGGUUCAAGAGGUUUUUCCAGGCUAACCUGGUGGGGCAGGUGUAUAACCCUGUGGAGGCUCGCCAGGGCCAGGAGAUCCAGCCUGCCAGACCCCCCCUCCGCUCCCCCCAGGGACUUGGCCGCAAGUCUGCCAGCCGCAACCCCAGUCAAUCAGGGGGGUUGGACACCGACACAGAUGAAGAAGCUUUAGGGAAGUAUCAAAGGAAACGUAUAGUUUAUGAAGAUAUAUGGAGGGAGACGCACUCCUGGGUAGGGCCCAGCACUCUGGGAGAGUUCCAUGCCUACUGCAGUCUGUGUGACAUGAAUUUCAACAUCUAUCACUCGGGCCUUGUUGACCUCAAGCGUCACUCGCAGUGCAAGAGGCACCACAAGCUUACCCUGGCUGCCAAUGGAUGCAACGUAAGAACCGAGGCGAGAAAGAGCAGGCAGGGCAGCAUCAGCAGCUGUCCACCCUGUAGUGAGUUGGUCCUGUGCUUCAUUCAGGUUAACUGCGUCUCUGGUCCGUCCGCGGCUGGGGACCAGGUGUCUAACAGAUACGGUCAGUAUGUCCUGGGACUACAGUACCCAGAAGACAUAGUGUCCGCUUGCCAAAAGACUCCUUACUGCAUAUACAUGUACGGAGGAGUGGUGCUAGGGGAGGCUGGCAUAGCUUCUGUAGUUCUAGUAGGCUAUUUUGAUGUGAAGGCAGCCAAACACUGCAUCAGGCUGUUGGAUGUCCUGCAGUCUCCAGCCGAAGACAAUACUGGAGAGGAAACUGCUGCGGCUUUGGUGGAGACCUUGAAGAGGUUUGGGCUUCCUGCAGUUAACCUCGCUGCUCUCUACACAGAUGGUAACGGUGCUGCCUCUGAGCAGAUUUGCUCACAGCUUAGGGAGCUCAACCCCAACGUGGUGGUGCUAGGUAGGCUGUAUGGAGUGGCUGAUGCAUCCUGCCAUGCUGGGAUGGUAGAGCUCUCCACUCAGGCCCAGGAGCUAAUUGUAGAUAUCUACUCCCACUACUCCUUCUGCUCCACCAAGAAUGACAACCUGAAGGAACUGUUUUCUAGCAUAACCAGUAUCAAUGGCCUUACCCUUCCUCUCACCACCUGCUGCCUUAACUUCUGCAUGUUAGCCAGGAAAGUGUUGGAAAUGUGGACAGAUCUAAUCUCCCACUUCAGCUCCUGUAACAAAGAGGAUGAAGUAGAUGAGAAGGCCAAACUCAUCUGCACACAACUGCAGGAUCCCCAAAUCAGGGCUACCUUUAUGUUCCUAAACCAGGCCCUGGAGCCCCUCCGUGCCUUCCAGGAGCGACUGCACCACCAUGAGGGCUCGGCCCGGGCCGACCUGGUGCACAUCCUACAGGAAGCCAGCAACCUCCUGCGCUCCUAUGCCUCCAGUUUCCUCCGUCCUCAAGCUGUCGUGCGUUUCCUCAAGGAACGUGAUGUCUCUCUCCUCAAGACCACAAAGUUCCACCUGCCAGGGCCAGAGCUGAACAUAGGUGGGGCUGCAGUGGAGGACUUCCUGUGUGAGUCAUCAGAGUCAGGAAGUGAAGCACUGCAGUUUUUACAGGAACAGGCUCUGUCUUUCUACACAGCACUUACAGCCAGCGUGGCGGAGGGGCUGCCUCUGAGUGACGGCGUGUUGAGGAGCAUGGCCCAGCUACUGAGCCCCCAGGGUAGGCUGAAGGUCACAGGGAAGGUGGUGGGAGAGCUAGGGGCUAAACUUGGGCUCUGCAGCUCACCUGAGGAGAUCAGCCAGCUGAACAAGGAGUUCCUGGAGUACCAGCUGGCAGAGGAGGGAGAGUGGGAAGAGGGAGAAAAUGGAUCUGAUGGGGGCAUCCAAAAUGGCUCUGCAGCCACCUCGCUGGAGCAACAUUGGUGCACUGUGUUGAAGGCUUCUGGAUCAACCAGCAUCUUCAGGAAACUUGUUUUGACCCUCUUAGCCAUGCCUUGCCCCCCACUUGAAGCUCAGAAGGUCUUCACACAGGCUGUGGAGAAUGGGGACGCUGCCCAGUUCACUGACAGUGUGACAGAAAGUGAGCUGGACUCCGUUCGGGAAGUAGACCUGACCAAUGACAGCGCUCUAUCAGACAACAACAGUAUCUACGAGCCUGGCAUGAAGAAGAGAGGUCGUCCCAGAAAGAUUCCAUCAGAGGUGAAUUACCUUAAUGGGACAGUGAAGCCAUGCACAGUGCGGCUGCAGAAGAUAAUCAAUGGGCCAAAGAAUGAGGACGAUACUGUGUUCGUUGAGGACAACGUCAUUUGGACAAAUACUAUGGAGGGCACCAUUAGGGGCAUUUAUGGUUGGGAGAGCAGCUUACGCCAGAAGCCACAGGCGCGCACUGUGUUUCAGGCUGGUGCCGGCACCUGGGUCAAGCCACAGGCGCUUGACAACGACAGCAAAAAGGACCAGGAGUCCGAGGCUGCAUCGCCCCCGAAGAAGGAGAAUCAUACAUCCAACGUGUCUACAACGAGCCCCAGGGGAGCAAAGAAGGGCAUUGAUUACCAGGAUGGGAAGGGUUUCCCCACUGGAGAGCUGGUGUGGGGAAAGGUGAAGGGCUUCUCCUGGUGGCCUGGACUGGUGGUGCUCUGGAAGUCCAACAAGGCACCGCCUGUAUCCAAGCGCCGGGUAGAGUGGUUCGGUGACGGAAUGUUUUCCGAGAUCUAUACAGAGAGGCUUCUGCAUUUUGCAUCUUUUGCAAAGUGCUUCUGCAAGAAUUCCUAUUCCAGCUUGCCCACCUACAAAGAUGCUAUCUACCAGGUCCUUGAGUUGGCUGGUGAACGCUGUGAGAAGUCCUUUCUUGCAGCGGGGAAUAAGCAGGAGUUGCUUAAGUUGAUGCUGGACUGGGCCUACAGUGGAUUUCUGCCCACUGGACCAGAUGGGUUCAACCCCCCACCACCUGCAAAUGCCAAAGACUCAAAGGCAGAAUCUGCAGACUCGUCUCUGGCAGACUACCAGCCCCCAGCUAAGAGGAAGUAUGUGAACAAGAACAGACCAUCCUAUGGGAAUCAAAGCUACAGCAGAGAGGCAAUGGUACAAGAGGUUAUGAAAGGCAAACAUGUUAAAGAAUUCUGUUUAUCAUGUGGAACCCCCCACAUCCACACCUUCCACCCACUGUUUGAGGGGAGUCUUUGCCUGAAGUGCAAGGAAAACUUUAUUGAGACUUUGUACAGAUACGACGAAGAUGGCUACCAGUCCUACUGCACGGUUUGUUGCGCUGGCCAAGAGGUCAUUCUGUGUGGCAAUGCCAGCUGCUGCAGGUGUUUCUGUAAGGACUGCCUGAACAUUUUGGUUGGUGAUGGAACCUUUGACAAGCUGAAGGAUGUUGACCCAUGGAGCUGCUUCAUGUGCUUACCAUCCCAGUGCAACGGAUCACUCAAGCUGCGAACUGACUGGAGCGUGCGAGUCCAAGAGUUUUUUGUCAACAACAGUGCUCUAGAGUUUGAACCCCACAGGGUGUAUCCCUCCAUUCCUGCCCAUCAACGCAGACCCAUCAGGGUGUUGUCUCUCUUUGAUGGGAUUGCCACAGGGUACCUUGUGCUCAAAGACCUGGGCUUCAUCGUAGAACGCUACAUCGCCUCUGAGAUCUGUGGGGACUCGAUUGCUGUGGGUAUGAUCAAACACGAGGGCAAGAUAGAGCACAUCAAUGACGUACGCACCAUCACCAGGAAACAUCUGGCUGAAUGGGGUCCCUUUGACCUCCUGAUUGGAGGAAGCCCCUGCAACGACCUGGCCUGCGUCAACCCUGCUCGGAAAGGCUUAUUUGAGGGCACAGGCAGGCUGUUCUUUGAAUAUUACAGGAUGCUGACCAUGAUGAGGCCAAGGGAUGAUGACGACCGUCCGUUCUUCUGGCUCUUUGAAAAUGUGGUGGCCAUGCGCGGUCAUGACCUGGCCGACAUCUGUCGCUUUCUUGAGUGUAAUCCCAUCCUGAUCGAUGCAGUAAAAGUGAGCCCAGCUCACAGAGCUCGCUACUUCUGGGGAAACCUCCCUGGCAUGAACAGACCUCUAGCUACCUCUCUGGAUGACAAGGUGAACCUGCAGGAUUGUCUGGAGCYUGGACGCACGGCCAAGUAUAACAAAGUUCGUACCAUCACCACCAAGUCCAACUCUAUCAGACAGGGGAAGAUGGGAUCACUACCUGUCGACUUUAAUGGCAAGGAGGACUACCUUUGGUGCACAGAGAUGGAGAAGAUCUUCGGCUUUCCCAAGCAUUACACUGAUGUCAACAACAUGGGUCGGAGCCAGCGGCAGAAAGUACUGGGCCGAUCAUGGAGUGUACCAGUUAUCCGGCACCUCUUCGCUCCACUCAAGGACUACUUUGCCUGUGAGUAGGAACCCCACGUUCCUGUGUGUUGCACUGUCGUCAACAACAACAGCAACAUGAAAUGGCUGAUUGUUGGAGAGCGGAGGGUAAAAACAGGAUCAUUAUCCUGCCCUGCUUUUCAGUGAACGGAACUGUCCUGUGUUUCUCAGACUGACCUCACAGAAUCAUCUUAGUCUUUUUAUCACUGGCUGUAUUGACUGUUUUAUUAGGUUUUAGAUAAUGAGCAUGUCUCAAUGCAGUGUGGUCAUAUGAUCAUAAUAUUACCAGAAUGCACUGACACUUUUUGGUUCUUUCAGUUUGUCUGGAAUAGUUCACGUUUGUCUAUCAUUUAUUUGAUGUUUGGUUUUGUCAACUUUUGGUCAAUGAUGGUGAGAUCAGACCUCAAACCCUGCCCACUAUCUACCUCAAUACUAAUCUGUGAUCGGUCUGACAUCUGCAGAAACACAGUUUUAUCUCUAUUUAAUUUAAUGAUUUUGUAUCAUUUAUUUUAUAUUUGAAUGUUAUAAAUAGUCAGAUAAGUAAUGUUCACGUGUAAUUAUGUGAAUAAACCUAAUGUUUUUUUACUUGUUUGGAAAAAUAGAUCUUCCAAGAUAAUUAAAAAUCCAAAACUCAGA